AUGGAGGCCUUUUCUCUGUAUUUCCUCACCAUUGUAGUCGUCUUGGUUUCCUUCAUUUUUCUUGGCUUUCUAAGUCAACGUUUCAAAUCUAAGACAUCCAUACUUCCAACAGGCACAUUUGGAUUGCCAGUUGUUGGAGAGACACUCCACUUUUUCUCGAGUGGCCCAGAAAAAUUUAUUCAUCAGAGGAUGGAAAAAUACUCGGCAGAAGUAUUCGCGACCUCAUUGUUUGGGAAGAAAGUGGCUGUAGUUUGUGGUGCAGCUGGGAACAAGUUUUUACUUUACACUGCAAACGACCAGCUUGCUCCUUGGCUUCCUUCUGCAGCGUCCAAGCUAAUGGAUUUGGUAGAUUCUCCGGGACAAUCUGUCAGGCAAGUAAUUUCAAAAUGUCGAACUUUUCUUUAUAAUGAAAUCCUGAAUCCGAAAACUUUGAGACAGUACAUAACCAUAAUGGAUGCCCUGGCAAGGGAACAUCUCAAGACAGAAUGGGAUCCUUCCAAAGUGAUACAGGUUUAUCCUCUUUGCCAGAAGUAUGCACUUUCGUUGUCAUGCAGAUUGCUCCUUGGCCUUGAAGAUGCUUGCCAGAUUCAAAGAAUAUCUGAUUCUUUCUGGAUCAUAAUGCAAGGGUUGUUUUCAAUGCCCAUCAAUAUGCCUGGCACCAGAUAUAAUCGUGCUUUGAAAGAAGUCAAAAGGGUUAAGCAUCAAUUCUUGAACAUCAUCGCCAAGAAGAGAGACAUGGUUUUUCAGGAUACAGGAAGUGCUGGUUCCGACGUAUUGUCUCGCAUUCUGCUCGAGGGAAACGCCUAUUCCAUGUCCGAUUCAGAGAUUGGUGCCUAUCUUUUAACUUUAAUGCUUCCCAGCUAUGAAGGAAUAAGUGCAACAAUCACAUUUGCCUUAAACCAUCUGGCUGAGCUUCCCCAUAUUUAUGAGGCGGUUUACAAAGAACUUAUGGAGAUUGCCCGGUCAAAAGCUCCUGAAGAACUAUUAAAUUGGGAAGACGUCAAGAAAAUGAAGUAUUCUUGGAAUGUGAUAUGUGAAUCGAUGAGGUUAACACCACCUAGCAUGGGAACCUUUCGAGAGGCCCUGAUUGAUAUCAAUUUCGCUGGUAUAACUAUUCCAAGAGGAUGGAAGAUGCACUGGAGUCCAUUUACAACCAACAAAAAUCACAAGUACUUUCCUGAUCCAGAGGCUUUUGAUCCCACAAGAUAUGAGGGCGAUGGACCGACAUCCUGCACAUUUCUACCAUUUUCUGCAGGACCUCGUAUGUGCCCAGGCAAGGACUAUUCCAUGUUCCUGAUACUCGUAUACAUAUAUAACGUGGUGACGAGAUUUAAGUUACAAAAACUGAUUCAAGAUGAGAAGAUGCGAUACCGUGUUGGUCCUGUUCCUGCCAAUGGCCUCCCAAUGCGCCUGCAAACACAUUGA